CGUAAAAAGUAGCGCCCAGCGCGCCGUUUUUUGGCUUGUCAACCGAAACCACGCAACAAUUUCCCUGUAUCUUGAUAAAUGUUACUAUUUUUCUCCAGUUUUACAUUGAAGAUUACGUUUAUCAAUGUGCCGCACAAUUCGUAAUGUAAAGCGGUUAGAGUGUUAAUCGUGAAACAUAUAUCAAAUUAGUUUUCCCACCGUAGUGACCCGCGAACUCUUAACAUGCCUCUAUUGAAAAGAAAAGCGUUUGAGAAAUCGACGGUGUCUGAAUACCUUCGCGACGACGAUGAGGUCUUCCACUGCGAGAUCACCGACGAGAUAUUCAAGGAUUAUGAGGAGUAUUGCGAGAGGAUUAUCCUGGUUAACUCCAUGGUAUGGACAUGUGAGAUGACCGGGAAGAAUAAUUUGACAUACGCGGAGGCUAUGGACAGUGAGAAAGCUGCAAGGAAGUCAUUAAGAGACUUUCCAAUGGAACUUCGAAUACCAAUAUUGUACUUGGCAGCAAAGACCAAGAGAUGUUCAUUUGCAGAGAUGUCAGAGGAUGUAUUUAACUUUGUAAGAGAGAGAUACUUUGUUGGAGAGUCGGUUGAAGCUUGUCUGGAAGGUGACCAAUGGCAGGAAGCGCAUGUACUAUCUGUCACAGUCCAGAAGCAACAUCCAAACAGUACAUCAACACCUCCAGCAUCCUCAUAUUGUUACGAAGUGGAACAAUUCCAAGAAUCGGAGCAGACCUCUGCUGGCCAGAUGGGUACUGCUCCUUACGACCGCGUACGUCGACGCAAAGGCAUCUACUCACGUGACAAAAAUAGACUCUUCCUUAAACAAUUUGUUGAACAAGGAGCUGGAGGAAUUAUUACAAUAAAGCAAUCAGCAAUGGAAAAAUACAACAUAAAUAAAGUCAAUUUCAAUCAAAUAUUUACUGGAAGCCCACCGGAGUUUGCAUCAUCAAAGAAAUUAUUAAAAACAAGUAUGUCACCACCGAAAGCAAAGCCAGGAUCAGCGACCAAGCUUAACAAAUCAUUGAAGAAAAGUCCUGAUAAGAAAGGCAGACAGGAAUCCAUGGAUAAGUUUGUGAAGAAGACUGAUAAAGCUGAAGCAUCGCCAAGACCGAAACCACCAAUGGAUCCUGAAGCCAGAAAGAAUGCACAAGAACUAGCAGAGAAAAUGCGGAGAGCAGAAGACCAGCUGAGACAGCGCAAGGAAGAAGAGAAAGCUAAAAAGAAAGCACAUCUCAAAGAGUGGCAAAGAAUUAAAGAUGACCAAGAAUUAGAAGACCAUAAGGUGAUACCACAAGCCACGCCAGUAGCAGUGGAAGGCAUACCUCACAAACAUUUUGGAGAUUUUCUAUCUAUUCUGGAAUUUGUUCACAUGUACAGUGACAUCCUCAAAGUAAAAGAUGUAUUUCAUCAGGACUUCGAUUUAGAGUUGUUUAGGAAAUCAUUGACUUUAAAAGAGCACUCGGGAACAUUUAGUGACUUAGUACAAAUGUUUCUAACUACAAUAUUUACACUGCAAGAAGAUGAAGCGGAAGAAUAUAAUGAGAACGGAAGAAUGCAAGAGUCUACAGGUGAUGCAGAAUUAGAAACGGAUAUAGGAGUAUGGAAAGCGAUUGAAUUGGCUACAAAAGCCGGCAAAUGGCCACAAACUUACCUCGGCACACCGCUCACCAAGCUGCCGCUGGACCCCACCACUGUCACUGAAGUACUAAGAUUGUACAUGCUGUCGUCGGGCGGGGUGAGCGGCGGGCGCAACGCGGCGCUGCGGUCGGUGCAGCGCGGCGGCUACACGGGCGCGGACGACGCCGCGCUGCGUCUGCGCAUCUCCGCGCCCGCCGUGCUGCGCCGCCUGGCCUCGCUGCACGUCGCUGAUCUACCACUAGAGGAUAAAUUCCUGAUUCUGCAGUGUCUUAUGAACCAAGUGCUGAGUUACGCCACCGUGCGAGAUAUCACUGAGGAGCGUCUCGAGGAAUACAAGACUAUCAAACAGUCUUUAAGAAUGCUACAGAUAAAUGAACGAAAACGCGAAGUACAAUUGGUAGCAACACGUCAGGAAUUAAAGAAGGAAGCUCAGACCACUAAAACAGAACAGAAGUUAACAGGCGAUCAGGCUAAAGAAGUAGAUGAACAGCUCAAAAUAUCAAUAGAGAAGUUAAAUAAGAAAAGUGAAGUUAAAAAACACGAAUAUGAGAAGAAACUGAAAGAGUUACAGCUUUCUCUCUUUAAAUAUACUUCGUAUGUUGGUAUGGACCGCGCAUACCGUCGCUACUGGGUGGUGCGGCGCGUGGGCGGGCUGUUCGUGGAGGCGGGCGGCGAGGAGCGCGGCCUCUGCCGGCACAGGCCCGCCCCGCAUCUCACCAGGGAGGAAAGAGCUGGGAGUGACAAAGAGAACGAAUCAGCGGCGAAUCGCGGUUCACCAAAGAAACCGUACUUAAACGGUGUGGGCGUGAAGGUGGGCGGGGCGGAGAGCGGCCCCGCCUCCGCGCACGCUCUGCAGCGCGCGCGCGACCUCAUGCUCUGCACCGCCGAUAUUAACACCUGCUAUGUACACGGCAAGGUGGACCGUCCCCAGUGGUCGGUGUACCACAGCGCGGAGCAGGUGGGCGCGCUGGCGGCGGCGCUCAACAAGCGCGGCCUGCGCGAGAGCGAGCUGCGACACGCGCUGGAGCAGGACAGCGCGCAUCUGCUGGCGCACGUCGACUCUUGCCCGCUGUAUCUGCUCAACCCCGCUAUAGCACCGCCUCCGGCGCAGCCAUCGCAGCACAUGACGCGGCGGCGCUGGCAGCCGUCGCUAAGCGUGCCCGCUGACACUUCCCUUAGCGAAGCCCUAGAGCUCUCCUUACGUGACCACAUACUAGAACUGGAGGAGAAGAUCUUCCACGGAUGUUUAGGAGCGCUUAAAGUUAAGGACCGCGAGGCGUGGCGUGGCACUCUGAUGCUGAAGGGCUACGACAAGCAGGCGGAGUACCUCAGUUGGGGGCCCGGACAGAAGUACAGGGAUGACUACCACCAACCCAAUGGUGUUCUCAACUUACCCAAUGAUGUAGAUAAAGAAGAAAUAGAAGCGAUACCAAUAAACAGAUAUCGGGAUCCCGGACACUAUUUGGAAGCACCAAAGUUAAACGGCAUCAAGAAUGGACUUGAGGAGAGAGGUCCCAGCGCGGAAGUAGUACGAGGUCUAGCCUGCGCGCUGCUGCAGGUCUCACAGGCUAUACACCAUAAAUACUUGAAAAGACCUCUAGGUUUAGACGACAAAGAGCGUAAAGACCGUGAAGCAAAGAACAAGCCUCUGGACCUGGAAGCACUCGAGAGAUGGGAGGUGUCUCUAAUGGAGUGCAGGAGUUAUGCUCAAGUCGUACUCCACCUGCUGACCCUGGACUCCAGCAUCACCUGGUCAGCCAGCAUAUUGAAUGCCAGCUGCAGGAUCUGCCGCAGGAAGACAGACCCUGAUAAUAUGCUGCUAUGUGAUGGCUGUAAUAAGGGACACCAUUUAUAUUGCCUCAAACCUAAACUAUCGAGAGUACCUGAGGGCGAUUGGUUCUGCGACCAGUGCCGGCCCAGAGAGAAGACGCCGAGGAGAAAGAGGAAGCUGUUCAGUGAUGAUGACCUUGAAGAUGACCUUGACAACAGUGUGUGCGGUGAGGGUGAGGGUGGUGCGGAGGGUGAGGGCGGCGAGGAGCUGCAGUGGGCGUCUGUGUGCGGCGCGUGCGGCAGCGGCGGCCGGCUGGCGGCGACGUGCGGCGCGUGCGGCGCGCGCUGCCACGCCGAGUGCGUGUCGCAGCGCCGCGCGCUCUGCAACAACUGCGCUAAUGGCACCCGCAGAGAGCACACUGUCCGUCGGUGCGCGGCGACCGCAAUCAACAACAUCCACGAGUACGCGAGGGUGCUGGACGCGCCGGUCGACACCUCCGAUUCUGAGGAUAGUGAAUAUAAUACAGCGUUGGUGAAACUAAAGAAACGUAAAUCCCGGAGCAGUAAAGAUGAGUCUCCAGCACCGAAUGGCGCCAAGAGAGGGCGCAAACCUAAAAAUAUGGUGAAUGGCACACCGGGCAGAAAACCUAAAUUACUCACAAAUGGACAUCACGAGGAGGCAGUGGUGAGGAAGCGGUCCAGCAGACGUGAGCCUUCAGUCAGUCUGCACACGGACAAGUUGGAGACGCUCCUGAAUGAUGCAAUGAAACACAAGGACUCCUGGCCAUUUAUAGAACCUGUCUCCACUGAUGAUGUGCCAGAUUACUUAGACGUGAUCAGUGAACCGAUGGACCUGACCCUGGUGCAGGAGAAGCUGUCCGAAGGACAGUACUCUGCGGACGCGGAACUGCUGGCGGACGUUGCGCUCGUCUUCAACAACUGCUUCACAUACAAUAAGGAUACCCAUCCUGUUGCAAAAGCUGGCUACCGACUAGAGAAGUAUCUUAUAAAGCGAUGCACAGAAUUAGACCUGCCACCUCUACCACCGACUGUCCUGGAUGAUGAAGUAGAAGAACCAGUUAAGCGGAAGUACCAGGAUGAGAUUGAUGAGGACCCAAAAGCAAAGAGAGUGAAAAUUAAGUGAGAAUAAAAAUGGUCGCAUCUGUCUGUGGUGUAAUGAAUGUAGUGAUUGUGAUAAUGUUUGUGAUUAUAGUGACAGACGGACAAAUUGCUGUAUUUAAUAUCUAUAAAGACUCCAAACUUAAUGGAUUAAGUUUCAAGGUAAGUUGACACAAAUAUCAAAGUUGCGUUUCACUUUGUUCUUUUCUAAAGAUGGGAAGAGAAGUGAAUUUGACAGAGCUUGGGAUGCAGAAGAGGAAGUAUCCCCUUUCUGUGUCUAUCCUCAGUUGAUAAAAGAUUUUUGCUUUUGAUCUAUUUCGGCAAAUAAGAAAAUUGUCUUUUAUGUUGUUUAGUUUGUAAACCUUUGAUUUGACAAAUUUGUAAGCUCCUAAGUAGAAUAUGGUAAGCCAUUGGCAUUUACAACUUGUUUCUUGUUAAAUUAACUUGAUAAAUUCUCAUUUAAAGUAACUGAAUGAACUGUAGAUUUGAGUCGUCUAUUGUAUGUUUAUGAUCCUUCGUAAUUUUUUUAUUAAUGUUUAAAGUUUUGUUUUACAAAAUUUACGUUAUAAACUCAUGAUCAUUUACGUAGGGGCCACCAAUAUAUUCAAGCGUCGGGUAAUUCCCGAAGGGCCGAUCAUCUAGAGGGUUAUUUUUUUCUCAUUGGUUCAUGGCCAAAACACUCCGUCAACUACAAACCCAUUGUUAGAACUUAACUUAUAUUUUGUUAAUGUAUUUAUUUCUAACCUAGCUUUGUAUGUUGUGAUUUUUAUUUUGCAAGGUUAUUUUAUUAUACUAUUUGGUGUUUACAUGAUUAUUAGUUCAAAGAAACUGGCAUAUUAAAUUUUUUUAAGUGCAAAGGAUUGUCACAAAUCUUAAAUAGUACUGUAAAAUUGAUUUUAAUUAUUAUAUGACCAUUUUGAUGUUAAAAUUCUAUGGACAUUACAAAAUUUUGAGUAAUACAAACAUAAAACGACUGGAUCUGCGUAAUGAUAAUAUACUCUUCAUUACAAAAGUAUUUUUGACUUCUUAAUUAAGAUAUAUGAAUCAUAAACCUUUUUUUCUUGUUACUUAAAUACUGAAAAGCUGCUAAAGUUGUAAAAUAUUUGCAUGUGAAUGUAAAUGGACUUCUUCAAUGGCACGAUUUUUGCUUUCGAUACUCCUGACUAUUGAUGUAUGAAGUGUGAAAUUUAUAUUGAUUGAAAAAAUUAGAUUUAAUUUUUGUUAUUGUUAUAAAAUUGGUUAUGUGAAUAAAAGACACCACUAAUUAAUGUCAUUAAAAAAUAAACAAAGUGUAUAAUAUCAAUAAGAUUUUGUAAAAGCACAAUGUAUAUAAACAACAAAAUAAACGGUUUUUAUGACCAAAUGUCAUAAGAAAGGGAAAAACAAAAAAAUCAAACAGUAAUCUUGUUUAAAAAAAAACUACUUUGUUACUUAUGUAAAAAAUAAUAACC